GUGCGAAGUUGCCAGCUCUGAUAACGGGAUCGCGAAGCAAGCGGCCAGCGGCGCGUUCAAAUCGAAACCAAAACGUGUUCACGACUACAAGUGCAGCCGAGUGUGAGGGAGAGCGCGUGCGAGAGCUUGGAGCACAAGGAAUCCAACCCAUCCAAGAUGUCCUCUGCAAACUGUUUCCUGGCGUUGGAGGACGGCACCGUGAUGCCGGGCUACUCCUUUGGCCACGUGCCAGAGGACAAGGCUGGAGGUGGCGUCGGCGGCGAGGUGGUCUUCCAGACGGGCAUGGUCGGCUACACGGAGGCGCUGACGGACCGCUCGUACAGCGGCCAGAUCCUGGUGCUGACCUACCCCCUGAUCGGCAACUACGGCGUUCCGGCUCCGGACGAGGACGAGCACGGCCUGCCGCUGCACUUUGAGUGGAUGAAGGGCGUCGUCCAGGCCACCGCCUUGGUGGUCGGCGAGGUGGCCAACGAGGCCUGGCACUGGCGCAAGUGGAAGACUCUGCCCGAGUGGCUGGAAAUGCACAAGGUGCCUGGCAUCAGUGGCAUCGACACCCGUGCCCUGACCAAGAAGCUCAGGGAGCAGGGCAGCCUGCUGGGCAGGAUUGUCUACGAGAAGCCGCCGGCCGAGGGGCUGCAGAAGUCCAGUUUCCUGGACCCGAACACCAGGAACCUGGCCUUGGAGUGCAGUGUGAAGGAGCGACGGGUGUACGGGGACCCCCAGGGCAAGGGACCCCGCAUCGCCAUCCUGGACUGCGGACUGAAGCUCAACCAGCUGCGCUGCCUGCUGCAGCGUGGCGCCUCGGUGACCCUGCUCCCCUGGAGCGCCCGCCUCGAGGAGGAGCAGUUCGACGCCCUCUUUCUGUCCAACGGUCCCGGCGAUCCGGAGAGCUGCGACGAGGUCGUCCAACAGGUCCGCAAAGUGAUCGAGGAGGGCACAAAGCCCGUGUUCGGCAUUUGCCUGGGCCACCAGCUGCUGGCGAAGGCCAUCGGCUGCUCCACGUACAAGAUGAAGUACGGCAAUCGGGGCCACAACCUGCCCUGCCUGCACCGCGGAACCGGGCGCUGUCUGAUGACCUCGCAGAACCACGGCUACGCCGUCGACCUGGAGCAGCUGCCCGCCGGUUGGUCGGAGCUGUUCGUGAACGCUAACGAUGGCACCAACGAGGGCAUUGUGCAUGCCACCAAGCCGUACUUCUCGGUCCAGUUCCAUCCGGAGCAUCAUGCCGGGCCGCAGGACACGGAGUUCCUGUUCGACGUCUUCCUGGAGAGCAUCACCAACAAGGACGUGACCAUUCCGCAGCUGAUCGAGCAGCGACUGCGUCCCAGCCGGGUCGCCGAAGAACCCGCUCCGGCCAAGCCGCGCAAGGUGCUGAUCCUCGGCUCCGGCGGACUGUCCAUUGGCCAGGCCGGCGAGUUCGACUACUCCGGCUCGCAGGCCAUCAAGGCCAUGCGGGAGUCGAACAUCCAGACGGUGCUGAUCAACCCGAACAUAGCCACCGUGCAGACCUCCAAGGGAAUGGCCGACAAGUGCUACUUCCUGCCCCUCACUCCGCACUACGUGGAGCAGGUGAUCAAGUCGGAGCGGCCGAACGGAGUGCUGCUCACCUUCGGCGGCCAGACGGCGCUCAAUUGCGGCGUGGAACUGGAGCGGGCCGGGGUCUUCGCCAAGUACAACGUGCGCAUCCUGGGCACGCCCAUCCAGUCCAUCAUCGAGACGGAGGAUCGCAAGCUCUUCGCGGACCGGGUGAACGAGAUUGGCGAGCAGGUGGCUCCGUCGGAGGCGGUCUACUCGGUGGCGGAGGCCUUGGAUGCGGCCAGCCGUCUGGGCUACCCGGUGAUGGCUCGGGCCGCCUUCUCGCUGGGCGGUCUGGGCUCCGGCUUUGCCAACAACGAGCAGGAGCUGCAGAGCCUGGCCCAACAGGCCCUGGCCCACUCCAGCCAGCUGAUCGUGGACAAAUCGCUCAAGGGCUGGAAGGAGGUGGAGUACGAGGUGGUGCGCGAUGCCUACGACAACUGCAUCACCGUCUGCAACAUGGAAAACUUCGAUCCGCUGGGCAUCCACACCGGCGAGAGCAUAGUGGUGGCUCCAUCGCAGACCCUCUCGGAUCGCGAGUACCAGAUGCUCCGCAGCACUGCCCUGAAGGUGAUCCGUCACUUUGGCGUCGUGGGUGAGUGCAACAUCCAGUACGCCCUGUGCCCCCACUCGGAGCAGUACUACAUCAUCGAGGUGAAUGCCCGGCUGUCGCGCAGCUCCGCCUUGGCAAGCAAGGCCACCGGCUAUCCCCUGGCCUAUGUGGCCGCCAAGCUGGCCUUGGGCCUGCCCCUGCCGGAGAUCAAGAACUCGGUGACGGGCAACACGACGGCCUGCUUCGAGCCCUCGCUGGACUACUGUGUGGUGAAGAUUCCGCGCUGGGAUCUGGCCAAGUUCGUGCGGGUCAGCAAGCACAUCGGCAGCUCCAUGAAGAGCGUGGGCGAGGUGAUGUCCAUCGGGCGCAACUUCGAGGAGGCCUUCCAGAAGGCCCUGCGCAUGGUGGACGGCGAUGUGCUGGGCUUCGAUCCCGACGUGGUCACCCUCGAGCAGGACCAGCUGGCCGAGCAGCUCUCGGAGCCGACGGACCGACGUCCCUUCGUCCUGGCCGCCGCCCUGCAGUCGGGCAUGGGCAUCCAGGCCCUGCACGAUUUGACCAAGAUCGACUGCUGGUUUCUGGACAAGCUGGAGAGGAUCAACCGUCUGCAGGCCCUGCUCACCCUGACGGGCAUUCGCACGGAUGCCGCUCUGCUGCUGCAGGCCAAGCGAUAUGGCUUCUCGGACAAGCAGAUAGCCAAGGCCACCAAGAGCACGGAGCUGGCGGUGCGCCACCAGCGCCAGGAGUUCGGCAUCCGGCCGCACGUCAAGCAGAUCGACACGGUGGCCGGCGAGUGGCCGGCCAGCACGAACUACCUGUACAACACCUACAAUGGCAGCGAGCACGACGUGGACUUCCCCGGUGGCCACACCAUUGUCGUCGGCUCGGGCGUCUACCGCAUCGGAUCCUCGGUGGAGUUCGACUGGUGCGCCGUCGGCUGCCUGCGGGAGCUGAGGAAGCUGCAGCGGCCCACCAUCAUGAUCAACUACAAUCCGGAGACGGUGUCCACCGACUACGACAUGUGCGACCGCCUGUACUUCGAGGAGAUCAGCUUCGAGGUGGUCAUGGACAUCUACGAGAUGGAGAACAGCGAGGGCAUCAUCCUGUCCAUGGGCGGCCAGUUGCCCAACAACAUAGCCAUGGAUCUGCACCGUCAGCAGGCCAAGGUGCUGGGCACCUCGCCGGAGUCCAUUGACUGCGCCGAGAACCGCUUCAAGUUCUCGCGCAUGCUGGACCGGAAGGGCAUCCUGCAGCCGCGCUGGAAGGAGCUCACCAACCUGCAGUCGGCCAUCGAGUUUUGCGAGGAGGUGGGCUACCCCUGCCUGGUACGGCCAUCCUAUGUGCUCUCCGGGGCGGCCAUGAAUGUGGCCUACUCGAACCAGGAUCUGGAGACGUACCUCAAUGCCGCCUCCGAGGUGAGUCGCGAGCACCCGGUGGUCAUCUCGAAGUUCCUCACCGAGGCCAAGGAGAUCGAUGUGGACGCAGUGGCGGCCGACGGCCGGAUCCUCUGCAUGGCCGUGUCGGAGCACGUGGAGAACGCCGGAGUGCAUUCCGGGGAUGCCACGCUGGUCACACCGCCGCAGGAUCUGAACGCCGAGACCCUGGAGGCCAUCAAGCGCAUCACCUGCGACCUGGCCAGCGUGCUGGACGUCACCGGACCCUUCAACAUGCAGCUCAUUGCCAAGAACAACGAGCUGAAGGUUAUCGAGUGCAAUGUCCGCGUCUCCAGAUCCUUCCCCUUCGUCUCCAAGACGCUGGACCACGACUUUGUGGCCACCGCGACGAGGGCCAUCGUGGGACUCGAUGUGGAGCCCCUGGACGUGCUUCACGGCGUGGGCAAGGUGGGCGUCAAGGUGCCCCAGUUCAGCUUCUCCCGACUGGCGGGCGCCGAUGUCCAGCUGGGCGUGGAGAUGGCCUCCACCGGCGAGGUGGCCUGCUUCGGGGACAACCGCUACGAGGCGUACCUCAAGGCCAUGAUGUCCACGGGCUUCCAGAUACCCAAGAACGCCGUGCUGCUCUCCAUCGGCAGCUUCAAGCACAAGAUGGAGCUGCUGCCCUCCAUCCGGGAUCUGGCCAAGAUGGGCUACAAGCUGUACGCCUCCAUGGGCACCGGUGACUUCUACGCGGAACACGGCGUUGAUGUGGAAUCUGUGCAGUGGACGUUCGACAAGACGACGCCCGACGACAUCAACGGGGAGCUGCGGCACCUGGCCGAGUUCCUGGCCAACAAGCAGUUCGACCUGGUCAUCAACCUGCCCAUGAGCGGCGGGGGCGCCCGGCGCGUCUCCUCCUUCAUGACCCAUGGCUACCGCACCCGCCGCCUGGCCGUGGACUACUCCAUUCCGCUGGUAACCGACGUGAAGUGCACCAAGCUGCUGGUGGAGUCGAUGCGCAUGACCGGCGGCAAGCCGGCGAUGAAGACGCACACGGAUUGCAUGACCUCGCGGAGGAUCGUCAAGCUGCCCGGCUUCAUCGAUGUGCAUGUGCACCUACGAGAGCCGGGGGCCACGCACAAGGAGGACUUCGCCAGCGGCACUGCAGCCGCCUUGGCGGGCGGCGUGACCCUGGUGUGCGCCAUGCCCAACACGAAUCCCUCGAUCGUGGACAGGGAGACGUUCUCGCAGUUCCAGGAGCUGGCCAAGGCCGGAGCCCGCUGCGACUACGCCCUGUACGUGGGCGCCUCGGACGGCAAUUGGGCGCAGGUCAACGAGCUGGCCAGCCAGGCGUGCGGCCUGAAGAUGUACCUGAACGACACCUUCGGCACCCUGAAGCUGAGCGACAUGACCACCUGGCAGAGGCACCUCGCCCACUGGCCCAAGCGGGCUCCGAUUGUCUGCCAUGCGGAGAAGCAGAGCACAGCGGCCGUGAUCCUGCUGGCCCAUCUGCUGGACCGUCCCGUUCACAUUUGCCAUGUGGCGCGCAAGGAAGAGAUCCAGCUGAUCCGGGCCGCCAAGGAGAAGGGCAUUAAGGUGACCUGCGAGGUGUGUCCGCAUCACUUGUUCCUCAGCACCAAGGACGUGGAGCGUCUGGGUCACGGAAUGUCCGAGGUAAGGCCGCUGCUCUGCUCGCCCGAGGAUCAGGAGGCCCUGUGGGAGCACAUGGAGUACAUCGAUGUCUUUGCCACCGACCAUGCCCCGCACACGCUGGCCGAGAAGCGCUCGGAGCGUCCGCCUCCCGGAUUUCCGGGCGUGGAGACCAUACUGCCGCUUCUCCUCCAGGCCGUCCACGAGGGUCGCCUGACGCUGGAGGACAUCAAGCGGAAGUUCCAUCGCAAUCCGCGGACCAUCUUCAAUCUGCCCGAGCAGGCGCACACCUAUGUGGAGGUGGACCUGGACGAGGAGUGGACCAUAACGGGCGCCGAGAUGAAGAGCAAGUCCGGCUGGACGCCCUUCGAGGGCACCAAGGUGAAGGGACGCGUCCACCGCGUGGUCCUGCGCGGCGAGGUGGCCUUCAUCGACGGCCAGGUGCUGGUGCAGCCAGGCUUCGGCUUGAAUGUGCGCUCCAAGCCGGGACAAUUGCAGUCGGAGGCGGGACAACCGGAUCUGCUGCCCAGCGACAGCGAUGCCAAUGACACCUUUGCCCGCCUGCUGACCGCCGAGGGAGGGGCCGCCGUCCAAGGCUCCUCCUCGGCCAAGGUGCACUUUGUGGACGGCGCCAACUUCCUGCGUCCCACAUCGCCGGCCCCACGCGUGCGCCUGGACUCCACCAGCAACACGGCGCUGCGGGAGUACCUGCAGCGCAGCUCCAGCCCCAAUCCGGUGGCCCAUUCGCUGGUGGGCAAGCACAUCCUGUCCGUCGAUAUGUUCAACAAGGAGCAUCUCAACGACAUCUUCAACCUGGCCCAGCUGCUCAAGUCGCGCGUGACGAAGGAUCGUCCCGUGGACGAGCUGCUGCGCGGCAAGAUCAUGGCCAGCGUCUUCUACGAGGUCAGCACGCGGACGCAGUGCAGCUUCGCCGCCGCCAUGCUGCGUCUGGGCGGCCGGGUGAUCAGCAUGGACCAGAUUACGUCGUCGGUGAAGAAAGGCGAGAGCCUGGAGGAUAGCAUCAAGGUGAUGGGCAGCUAUGCGGACGUCAUGGUGCUGCGUCAUCCCCAUCCCGGAGCUGUGGCGCGCGCCGCCACCUUCUGCCGGAAGCCACUUAUCAACGCCGGCGAUGGCAUCGGGGAGCAUCCCACGCAGGCGCUGCUGGACAUCUUCACCAUCCGCGAGGAGAUCGGCACCGUCAACGGCCUGACCAUCACCAUGGCGGGUGACCUGAAGAACGGACGCACCGUGCACUCGCUGGCCCGCCUGCUGACCCUCUACAACGUGACCCUGCAGUACGUGGCGCCCAACAGCCUGCAGAUGCCCCACGAGAUCACGCAGUUCGUGCAUCAGCGCGGCAUCAAGCAGAUCUUCGCCACCAGUUUAAAGGAGGUGCUGCCCACCACCGAUGUGCUCUACAUGACUCGCAUCCAGCGGGAGCGAUUCGACAGCGAGUCGGAGUACCAAAAGUGCUGUGGCCACCUGGUGGUGACGCCCGAGCUGAUGACGCUGGCCAAGAAGCGCUCGAUCGUGCUGCACCCGCUGCCGCGUCUGGACGAGAUCAGUCGCGACUUCGACUCGGACCCGAGGGCCGCCUACUUCCGCCAGGCGGAGUACGGCAUGUACAUCCGGAUGGCCCUGCUGGCCAUGGUCGUGGGCGGCCGCAACACGGCGCUCUAGAGGAUCUCGGCCCGGAAAACCCGCUCUCUGUCUUGACUCGCAAAACUUUUUUUUCUAAACAAUCUUUUUUACUACACAUGUAUGUGCGUCGUGGCAUACGAAUAUAAUAUUCCAUUUGGUUAA